AUGGAAACACGACGUGUUCGUGUCCCGUCAGCUCGAAUGCUUGCUGCAAAGCAAGACGAAGAAUUCACUUUUAAAAGUGUCGUUGAAGCUCCGAAAAUACCUCCACAAACUUUGAGCAGUGCAUUGUAAGUCUUUAAAAAUAUAUUUAAUUGUUUAAACAAAUUAUUGUUUUUUAAAGGAAAGCUGCGGAAAUUGCAUUGCAACCAAAUUUGUCGACAACCACUGUUAUUGAAGAAAGAAUUGACGAGGGAAAAGUUGAACAAAUUGUUGAGGAAACUGUGGAAACUGAAAAAUUGAUUGAUUCACAAGAAGAACUCAUCGAUGUUGGCAACCCGAAAUACGAUAAAAUGACACCGGAUCCGACAGAUAUUGGACAAACUAUUAAAGUUGAGGGAGAAAAUGAUUUGAUGGGUGAUGUUGGAGCGGAAGUUACAAUUGAAUCGCAGAGAAAUCGAACUCCACAUGUUAGAAGAAGUGGGGGAAUUAGUGGAGGAGAAACACUCAGUUUGAAAUCAUCAGAUUUGAGUAUUCCAAACAAAGCCGCACAUUUUCUAUACUUUAGAUGGUAAGUUUUCGCCUUUUUCUUUCUGAAAAAAUCCAAAAUUAAUGCAAAAUAAUAUUUCAGCUACGAUGAACAUGAGGUUCAAAAGGAGUUUCCAUUGACUAUUGAUUGUAACAAGAAAGGUGUUCAAAAUUUCCUUGUCGAACCACGUGUUGGCCUUCGAAACACUGAUUAUUACAUCGACAGUUAUCUUUGGAAUCGUGGAAAAUCGACAAGUUCCAAGAAGAAGAUAUUUGUCGAAGUCGAAGGAAAUCACGUGAAAACUUCACGAAAAUGUCUCGAUACAGCUCCUUAUAUUCUCAAUUGGUAUUAUUCGAAUAUGGAGAAUCGAAUCACUAAAAAAGUUUGUUGGUUGGAAACGUGUCCGGAUGGAGUGCGUGCGAGUCCGGUGCUUGUUCAAUAUUACGUUAACUAUAUUUCUGAAAUUCCUAUUGAGGUUAGAAAAACUCCUAAAUUAUACAGCGACACUAGAAGUGUUGCGCAAGAGCUGUUGAGAAAUGAUUCACCUCUUCAGACUGUCGCCAGAUUUAUUGAAACUGGCGAAACUGAUCCAAGAGAGAUUAUCAACAAGAAACAGGUAUGAAAUUAAAAAAAAUAGAACUAACUAGAAAAGUUGUUUACAGGCAUACGAGAUGCGAAGAUAUGUGUUCAACACUCGUAGAAAGAAGCAUAAGAGAGAAGAAUUGAUUGAUUUGGAUGGGAAUCCAAUAUUCUUUGAUGAUCCGAAUGGUGAUAUUUAUGAAGAGACAGUUUAUUAUGAUGAAAAUGGAAUGCAACAAUCAUCAAUUCGACGAAGAGAAGUAUCAGAAAGUGCCAGAAUUGCAAAUAGUGCUGUGAAAAUGGUUGCGAGAAAAUUGGAGAAUCGUAUUUCUGCACUUCUUGACAAUCGUCUUGGUUUAUGCCCAUCGAAAAUGCUUGUUCGUGUUCCAAUGAUGCAUAAUCCAGAUCUUCAAGGACAAGCUGAUCAACUUGGAGAAUGGAUCAAUUCAUUGACAUCUUCGACAUCUGAUGAUGUUGAUAUUGUUAUUAAUAAUGUUGUUGGUCAAAUGAGAAAACAAUUGGAUGUAAGUCGAGAUUUUUGGGUUGGAAAAGUGGGAAAAUAUGAUUUAUUUUUAUUUUUAAUGAACAAACUUCUUAAUCUGAAAUUUUCCAGGAAAUUUGUGGUGCCGAUGGGUCAGAAUUAACUGAAUAUGUUGAAGAAGCUGGAACUUCUCAUGCCAAAUAUAUGCAAGAACCACCAUCAAAAAGAAGACGCGAACACGUCGAACCAAAACAAGAAUCAUUCGCUGAUCAACAAGCUGAAUAUUUGUAUGAUGGAGGAAAUAUGGAAUACGUUGAAGAAGAAGUGAUCACUGAAGAUAUUGUUGCGAAUUCGAUUCAAGGUCCAAGAGAAGUUGUUGUUGAGCAAAGAAAUGUUCCAGAUGAUUCGCACAGACAAUCAAGACCAUAUUAUUAUCAAGAUAAUUCGGAUUCUGGAGCUGAAACACCAAGAGACAUGUCUAUCACCAAUGGCGAUUUGAACGUUGAACCCUAA